UUUCAUAAAGCUAAACAAGAAUUUCUACGUAAGAAAGAUGAAAAGCGUAAAGCAAAGGAACAAAUCUUAAAGGCAAAAGCAGAAAAAGAAGAAGCACUUAAGAAAUAUAAAGAAAAAAGAUUACGGACUUACAAGACAUUAUCAAAGAAAACGAAAAAGGGACAGCCAGUGAUGAAAGAUAGGAUGGAAAUGUUGCUGGAAAAAAUACAACAACAAGUAUCAUCGUAACCUCUGAUAAUAAAGCGUUGCUAUGUAAAUAUUUUUUGUUGCU